AUGGACGGCAAUACGAGGUCGGCGGCGGCGAUUCAGAAGAAGCCCAUAGUCGCGGACGACGACCUCAUCGAGCUGCUGUGGCACAACGGGAGCGUCGUGGCGCAGCCCCAGGCGCACCACAGGCCGGCGCCGUCGCCCUCCGACCGCGACCGCCCGGGCACCAGCGGCCUCACCGGCGAGGAGACGGCCGCGUGGUUCCCGGACACCCUCGACGACGCGCUGGAGAAGGACCUGUACACGCAGCUCUGGUACAGCACCAUCGCCGACGCCGCCCCGCAACACGAGGGCAUGCUCCCGGGCCCUACCUCGCAGCCUUCGCCGCUGCCGCCGGUUGGGAACAGCGGCGUCGACUCGAGCUGGGCCGGCGACAUCUGCUCAACCUUCUGCGGCAGCAACCAGGUGCCCAGGACGCCGGCAGGGACCAGCGGGAAGGACGCGGCAUUGCAGUCGGAGGGGCCGAGCGGUGCCGGCGCGCACGAUGGCACAUCGUCGUCCGGUGGGUCUGGAAGCAACUAUGGGGGAUCCGGGCUGCCCAGUGACAGCGUCCAUGUCCACAAGAGGAAGGGGAGGUGUAGAGACGACUCAGAUAGUCCGAGCGAGGAUGCCGAGUGUGAGGAGGCAACUGAGGAGACCAAACCGUCGCGGCGACAUGGGCCGAAACGCCGGACUCGUGCAGCUGAAGUCCAUAAUCUCUCAGAGAGGAGAAGAAGGGACCGGAUCAAUGAAAAGAUGCGUGCGUUGCAAGAGCUGAUCCCGCACUGCAACAAGACUGACAAAGCGUCAAUACUAGACGAGACGAUUGAGUAUCUCAAGUCCCUCCAAAUGCAAGUUCAGAUCAUGUGGAUGACUUCUGGGAUGGCGCCAAUGAUGUUUCCUGGUGCUCACCAAUUCAUGCCACCAAUGGCUCUAGGCAUGAAUUCAGGUUGCAUACCUGCAGCACAAGGCCUAAGUCAGAUGCCAAGAUUACCAUACAUGAGCCACCCCCUGCCAAAUCAUAUCCCUCUGAACUCAUCUCCAGCUAUGAAUCCAAUGAAUCCACUGAACGCUGCGAACCAGAUGCAAAACGGUCACCUCAGGGAGGCAAGUAAUCACUUCCUUCACCUAGAUGGGCGAACAGCGGUGAUACCUCAGGUACCAGGACCCCAUGUUUAUGGACAUCAUAUAGCACAAGCCGAAGAACCCAAUAAUAUACUGGAAGUGGCUGCUAGUACUGUUGUGCCAACUUCUAGGGCAGGGCAACCUCCUACUUUUGAUGGAGUUUAG